AUGAGCUGCGCGGACAAUCCAGAUUCCAGCUUCAGGAGCGCCUUGCUCGUGCCAGAACCACCAUUGCUACCAACACAUCUCUCACAGAUGAUCCACUGGAUGAAGAAGAGUAUGAGUUCGAUGAGAACACCAGGAGAGCACUUCCUGCUACCCGCUUUGUCCCAGGAUAAACCUGGAAGGAAGAAGUUCAAGGCAGUCUUUGGCUGCUGGCACACACACAAUGAGCAGUUAAUUGUUGCUCUGUGUGGUAUGAUUAUUGCUCAAAGGACCUUCUUUGGAGCGGAGGGAGUAGCCAGCGUCAAGCAAUUCAUCAAAGAAGUCUAUGCAGGCGAAGACGCUGUCAAGCCAAACCACAUAUUCUUCGACAACAACUGCACCCUUGCAAAAAUGGUGAUGGGCGACCCUUUCUUUGACAACAUUGGCUUGUCCGUCAACAUUUUUCAUUUCAAAUGCAAGCAUUCACAGACCGACACAUUCUGCCAGGAGAAUUUCAACCCAGAAGCACUCCCUGAGCUCCAUAGCGAUGACAGGAAGGGUUGGUGGUUCAAUUCCUCUGUGGCAGAACAAACAAACAAUUGGUUCGGCAAGUAUCACCCCAUCACUCGUGAAAUGAACCGCAUUCUCCCAAAAGCCUCUCAUGAACAUGGCAUCCGCCAUGCCCUUGAUAUUGUGGAGCUCGCGAAGGAGCUGCCCUUGACAUACAAGAUCGGGCAGGCGUUACCCAAUGUGUUCAGUGAUGGCUGCAAGGAGUGCUUUGGCCGGAAAGGCAGGAUCAAAUGUCCCUGGAUCAGUUCCUUCCUCAAAGGUGCCACUCGCUCAGCUUACUCUGUUGAGUUGGACAAUCAUGAUGAUGACGAAGGUACUUUGCAGGUAUGCAAAUCUAAUCUAGAGGAACAACGCGAGGAGAGAGACAUGACAGUGAUUGAUUAUGAGACACAAAACUAUGGGAACUAA